AUGGCCAUGAAGAACUCAACCAUAUCAGCAUUGAUCGUCUUUCUUGCUCUGCUUAGCUCAAGCCAUUUUAGUUAUGGCCAACUUCGACUCGGAUUCUACAAUGAAACUUGCCCAAACGUGGAGCAGAUCGUAUCUCAAGUUGUUCAAGAUGCAUUCAGCAAGAACUCAACCCUUGCACCCCUAAUGAUUCGCCUCUAUUUUCACGAUUGUUUUAGCAACGGAUGUGACGCGUCGCUUCUUCUAGAUGGUCGUACCAGCGAGAAAACGGCGCCGCCAAACCUAAGUGUAGAUGGAUAUGCUCUGAUAGAUACAGUGAAAACUGCGGUCGAAAAAAAUUGCACCGGGGUCGUUUCUUGUGCUGACAUCAUAGCUCUCGCUACUAGAGAUCUUGUGAAUCUUGCAAGCGGAGGAAAAGCAAGAUAUGAGAUACCAACGGGACGAUUUGAUGGCAGGGUGUCUUCAGCCUUAUUAGUAAAGUUGCCGGGUCCUGAAAUGAGUGUUUCGGCCACCUUUAAGAUGUUUGAGGAUAGAAAUUUUACCAUUACCGAUAUGGUUCUACUUCUUGGUGGACAUACAAUUGGAGUAACGCAUUGUUCAUUCAUUAUGGACCGGCUAUAUAAUUUCAAUAACACGAAAAAUUCUGAUCCAGCUAUGGACCCUAAUUUGGUCAAAGAGUUAAAGAAGGAUUGUCCACAAAAUUCAGGAGAGAAUAAACGCAUUAAUCUGGAUCAAAAUGUUUCGAGUUCGAAUAUUGUCGAUGCAUCUUUCUACAAGCAGAUAAAAUCUCGCCGAGGAAUUCUUAAAAUCGAUGACCUACUCGCCACCGAUGCAAUGACGAAACAGACAGUGACGGAUUUCGCCAACGGUAACGAUUUCUUGGCUAGGUUUGGACAGGCGAUGGUGAAACUGGGAGCGUUUGGAGUUAAAGACAAGUCCACUGGUGAGAUCAGAACAUCUUGUCGUUCUUGCAAGAAUCUGCUUUGUGUGGCAUAA